AUGGCCAACUCGACACCCGCCGACCUGCCUCUCACUAUCAAAGACAUCCAGGAUGAGGCUGAGAAGAAGCUUCCCCAGCUUUACCGAUACUAUUUCAAUGAAGGGGCCGGUGAGAUGGUUAGCCUGCGCGACAAUGAGAAUGCCUUUGCUCGAUACAAACUGCGCCCGCGAGUGCUACGCGAUGUUGAGGAAGUAGAUACCACUACAGAGAUCUUCAAAACGAAGAUAUCUUUUCCUCUUGGAUUCGCGCCCGCUGCUGCCCAUCGCCUCGCCCAUUUCCACGCAGAAGCUGGCACGUCGCGCGCUGCUUCUCGCAAUGGCAUCGCAAUGUGUCUGUCUACAUGGUCCACCACCAGCCCCGAAGAAGUAAUCGCGCAAAGCUCGGGGAAUCCGUAUGCGAUGCAGGUGUCAUUCUUCAAAGAUAUCGAAGUUACGCGGCGCAUUAUCCAACGAGCUGAGACGGCCGGAUACAAGGCGCUAUUUGUUAGUGUCGACCUGCCUGUAAUCGGAAGCCGACGCAAUGAACAACGAAACAAAUGGGCGUUUCCCAGUCACAUCGAGUUUCCCAGUCUUCAAGGAGCAACUGAUGAUCUGAUGGCCACAUACGCUGCUGGUUAUGACGCGAGCAUUCGAUGGGACAAGAUAGUCCCGUGGCUACGAAGGACGACUAAAAUGGAAAUCUGGCUGAAGGGUGUUUCGACGGCGGAAGAUGUCCAACUCGCCAUCGAGCACAAAGUUGACGGGGUGAUCAUUUCCAACCACGGCGGCCGCCAACUCGACGGCCAGCCCGCAACACUCGACGCGCUCCGUGAGUGUGGCCCCGUAGCGAGAGGAAGGAUUCCCCUUGCCAUCGACGGUGGCAUUCGGUCAGGAGCGGAUAUUUUCAAAGCGUUGGCCCUUGGUGCAUCUAUAUGUUUCGUUGGACGUAUCCCCAUCUGGGGUUUAGCUUACAACGGAGAGGCUGGCGUCGAUAUUGCCUUGAAGAUUCUGCUAGAAGAGUUCCGUCAUACGAUGAAGUUCAUGGGAUGCCGGUCCAUUCAGGAUAUCAAUCUGGGUCAUCUUUCUUUGCUGCAGGCGGACGGCCGUUUGGCGAAACUGUGA